GUGAUGGUGAUGACGAGGUGAAAAUGGCGGAUCUUUCGAAAUACAAUCCCGGCCCCUGACAUACCAGAGGCGGAGGCAGCGGCGACGUCGCCACCCCGACUCACUCCUCGGUCCCGGUGUACCCGUAGCUCUCCAGUUGGGCAGACAGGGGAAGGAAGCGACUGGGCAGAGCUACUGUGCACGGGCAAAACAAGCACUGCCCGGCUCAGAAUUGCCCGGGACCUUCUGGAGCCCCCACCUCGGAGCCCGAAGGAGGAGAAAGCGGCGGCCGCCGGAGCACCUGAUCACCUUUCUAGCAGGAGAAGAUCAUGGAGGUGGUGCCAGCUGAGGUGAAUAGUUUGCUUCCAGAGGAGAUAAUGGACACUGGUAUAACUUUAGUGGAUGAUGAUAGUAUUGAGGCUGUUAUUGUUUCAUCCCCAAUUCCUAUGGAGACAGAACUGGAAGAAAUUGUCAACAUAAAUUCUACUGGUGACUCUACAGCCACGCCCAUUUCCACGGAACCAAUCACAGUGUACAGUAACCACACUAACCAAGUUGCAGUGAAUACCACAGUUACUAAAGCAGAUUCUAAUACCACAGUGAAACCAACUUUUCCAAGUGGCCUUCAAAAACUUGGUGCUCAGACUCCUGUGACUAUAUCAGCCAAUCAGAUUAUUUUAAACAAAGUAUCACAGACAUCUGAUCUUAAACUUGGCAAUCAGACCCUUAAACCAGAUGGACAGAAGUUAAUUUUAACAACUUUGGGCAAGUCUGGUUCACCAAUUGUUUUAGCACUACCCCAUAGCCAACUACCCCAGGCUCAGAAAGUUACAACUCAGGCCCAGUCAGGAGAUGCUAAGUUACCACCGCAGCAAAUUAAAGUAGUUACCAUUGGAGGGAGGCCAGAGGUGAAACCUGUCAUUGGUGUCUCAGCAUUGACCCCAGGAAGUCAACUGAUUAAUACUACAACUCAGCCCUCUGUGUUACAGACCCAACAGUUAAAAACAGUACAGAUUGCUAAGAAGCCUCGGACACCAACUUCUGGUCCAGUAAUCACGAAGCUGAUCUUUGCAAAACCAAUUAAUAGUAAAGCAGUUACAGGACAGACAACUCAAGUAUCACCACCAGUCAUUGCAGGUAGGGUUCUUUCACAAUCUACUCCUGGAACUCCAUCAAAGACCAUAACAAUAUCCGAAAGUGGUGUUAUUGGAUCAACUUUAAAUUCUACAACACAGACACCAAAUAAAAUAGCCAUCUCACCUUUGAAAUCGCCAAAUAAGGCAGUAAAAUCAGCUGUGCAGACCAUCACUGUUGGAGGAGUGAGCACAUCACAGUUUAAGACAAUUAUUCCUCUGGCAACUGCUCCAAAUGUCCAGCAGAUUCAAGUGCCUGGAAGCAAGUUUCAUUAUGUCCGACUGGUUACUGCCACGACAGCCAGUAGCGCAACCCAGCCAGUUAGUCAGAAUCCCAGUACAAACACUCAGCCUCUUCAACAAGCAAAGCCAGUGGUUGUUAAUACAACCCCAGUACGGAUGUCAGUUCCAUUUGUCCCAGCUCAGACUGUCAAACAAGUUGUUCCAAAACCAAUCAAUCCAGCGUCCCAAAUAGUAACUACUAGCCAGCCACAGCAACGGCUUAUCAUGCCUGCCACACCACUGCCACAGAUCCAGCCCAACCUCACUAACCUCCCACCAGGUACUGUCCUGGCACCGGCUCCAGGAACAGGGAAUGUGGGUUAUGCAGUUCUUCCAGCUCAGUAUGUUACUCAGCUACAGCAGUCUUCAUAUGUGUCUAUAGCAAGCAACUCUAACUUUACUGGAACAACUGGUAUCCAGACCCAGGCAAGGCUUCCAUUCAAUGGCAUAAUCCCCUCAGAAUCUGCCAGUCGACCCAGAAAGCCUUGUAAUUGUACAAAAUCACUGUGUUUAAAAUUAUAUUGUGAUUGCUUUGCAAAUGGUGAAUUCUGCAACAACUGCAAUUGUACUAAUUGUUAUAACAAUUUAGAACAUGAAAAUGAAAGGCAAAAAGCAAUAAAGGCAUGCCUUGACAGAAAUCCAGAAGCCUUUAAGCCGAAGAUAGGGAAAGGAAAAGAAGGAGAAUCCGAUCGGCGUCAUAGCAAAGGUUGCAAUUGCAAACGAUCAGGAUGUCUUAAAAACUACUGUGAAUGCUAUGAGGCAAAAAUAAUGUGUUCUUCAAUAUGCAAAUGCAUUGGCUGUAAGAAUUUUGAAGAAAGUCCAGAAAGAAAGACAUUGAUGCACUUAGCAGAUGCAGCCGAAGUCAGGGUACAGCAACAAACAGCAGCAAAGACUAAAUUAUCUUCUCAAAUUUCGGACUUGCUCACAAGGCCAACACCGGCUUUGAACAGUGGAGGAGGAAAGUUGCCAUUUACAUUUGUAACUAAAGAAGUAGCUGAAGCCACGUGUAAUUGCCUUCUCGCCCAGGCAGAGCAAGCAGACAAGAAAGGAAAAUCAAAGGCAGCAGCAGAACGGAUGAUACUUGAGGAAUUUGGACGAUGUUUGAUGAGUGUCAUCAACUCUGCAGGAAAAGCAAAAAGUGACCCUUGUGCCAUGAAUUGCUAACUCUUGCACAAAGACUGAUAAAUGGAACUGUACAGAAACUUAAGGUGCAAUGACAUUUGAUUUUCCUGGAAGAUAGUUUAACAAUUACUGUAUUUUAAUUCAGUCCUUGUUUUAAAAGAUCUAAAUUAUAUUGAAAGAGAAGAAAUUUUAAAUGAGAAAAUGAGUACAUUUUAAAUCUUAGUUAAUUCUGUUUAUGCCCCUUCUAAAUUGAAUUUUUUUUAAUAUUUCUUUAUUUUAUUAUAUAGAUGUUUAAUUUCUUGGGUUUCUUAAGAAUUAGAUGUUCUAUUCUUCUGAUUCUAUUGACAAAGAACAUUUAUAAAUUACUGUAAUAUAAUUUAUAAUGUAUGGCGUUGUAUGACUCUUCAGUAGAAAAAGUCAAAGCAACAUGGGUAUUACCCGUUCUUUGGUUCUAGAUCUAGAAUACACACAGAUAGAAUGUCUACAUAAAUUCUCAUGAAACAUAUUCAAGUGACAUUUUGUAUUUAGAAAAGCACUAUCUUUUUAAGAAGAAAAAUCAGCUUUUUAGGGUCAACUCUGGAAUAAAUGUCUAUUGUCUCUUUGAGAAAUAUCAAAGGCGGAAGUAGUCCUCAUGCACUCUUUUAAAAUAAAAAAAGUUGUUAUUUUUGUUUUUCAAAAAAAAAAAACCCAUGAAAUACCAAGGGGCAGUAUAAUAGGAAUUUUCAAAUGAUUGGAAGUGUGUGUUUAUAAUGAGGAGUGGCCAAGAAAUGCUCUGGGAUGUCUCCAUUUUCUUUCAAAGAGGUGGCAUGUGUUUAAAGUAAUUGUGAACGUGAUUACUGGAUACUGUGAAAGUGAGAUGUGUGAAUAGAAGUAAAUGUUGUUAUGGAGGGAGAAUACAGAACCUCACAUAAGUAUCAAGUACAAAAUUUGGAUUAGAAGGAGAAAUAGGAAUACUGAAGCUGUAAGAGAUGAAUUUAGGUAAAGAUUUUUCAUGUACACAGUCCUUUUUUGUAGACUUUUGAACUGAGAAGUUUCAAACUGAUACAUGACUCUUAAUCUGGUUUACCCAAUGGGCCUCUUAACAAAGCUUUCAGAAUUGUAGAGUUUCUUUUUAUAAGGGACGUUUAAUAUGUUAUUAUUUUUAGUCAGCAAUUUGGUAAGCUGAAGAUAUGUGUGUUUUCAUAUAAUUGCUAAAAUAACCUAAAUCAUUUUCAGUAAUUAAAAAGCCCUAUGAAUUUAAGAGCCUAUUGUAAUAGGACUCUUGAUUUUAUGAUAAGAAAAAACCAUGCUGGAAUUCAGGCAUUUUGCUAGAUCCCCGAAUCCUCAGUGAUUAUAUAACUCUUAUAUUUCCCACAAGGAGUCUGUAGUUGUAUGUAGUAAGUGUGUAUAUAUGUUCAUAUGAACAUGCAAGAUAUAGGCAAUAGAAAUUAAGUAAUCCAGAAGAGGAUUCCGUUAUUCAUUAAAGUAUCCUCCUUUUGAAAUUUGGAUUUAUAAAAUUAUAGUGCAGUAACUUUAAAUGUAGAUAGUGCAAACAUUCUUACCACCUCAAUCUAGUAUGCCUAAUUAAAAUUUGUAUA